AUGCUAGCGGCGGGUCCGAUGGACGGGUCCCGACAGAGCGCCUUCCUCCUCAGCACCCCCCCGCUGGCCGCCCUGCACAGCAUGACCGAGAUGAAGACGCCGCUGUACCCGGCCUACCCGCUGCCCUCCGGCGGGCCCACCUGCUCCACGUCGCCGGCCACCACGUCGCCCAACCCGGGCGGCAUGGCGGGCUCGUCCCCGGGCAUCAAGAGCUCGUCGGGGCUGUCUUCGGGGCUCGGCUCCCCGCAGCAGUGCUCGUCGGCCACCCCGCACGGGAUUAACGACAUCCUGAACCGGCCGUCGGCGUCCGCGGCCGGGACCCCCGCCGCCGCCGCCGCCGUGGCCGCCGCCGCCGCCUCGUCGUCGGCGGGCAUCCUGAGCGGGCUGCCCCGCUUCAGCAGCCUGAGCCCGCCGCCGCCCCCCGGACUCUACUUCAGCCCGGGCGCCGCGGCGGUGGCGGUGGCCCGGUACCCGAAGCCGCUGGCCGAGCUGCCGGGCCGGACGCCGAUCUUCUGGCCCGGAGUGAUGCAGAGUCCGCACUGGAGGGACGCCCGGUUCGCCUGCUCGCCCCACCAGGGUUCGGUGCUGCUGGACAAGGACGGGAAGAGGAAGCACACCAGGCCCACGUUCUCCGGGCAGCAGAUCUUUGCGCUGGAAAAGACUUUCGAACAAACCAAGUACCUGGCGGGACCGGAGCGGGCCCGGCUGGCCUACAGCCUGGGCAUGACGGAGAGCCAGGUGAAGGUUUGGUUCCAGAACCGGAGGACCAAGUGGCGGAAGAAGCACGCGGCGGAGAUGGCCUCGGCCAAGAAGAAGCAGGACUCGGAGACGGAGCGGCUCAAAGGCACGUCGGACAACGAGGACGAGGACGACGACUACAACAAGCCGCUGGACCCGAACUCUGACGACGAGAAGAUCACGCAGCUGCUCAAGAAACACAAACCGGGACCGGCGCUGCUGCUGCACUCGGAGACCGACAGCUCCUAA